AUGAGGAAAGAAGAAGUUUUAACUGAAGUAGAAGCUGUGCUAACCAUGUACGGCGAUGAUUGUGUGAUUCUUGAUUCUUUCCCUCCUCAACUUCACCUCCACAUCAAGCCCAGAACUGUCGAUUUUGUGAAAGCAGUGAUUGGGAUACGAGCAGGUCCUCAGUAUCCAAGUGAACCGCUGCAGAUUGAUCUCAUAGAAUCCAAGGGUCUUGAUGGAGAAAAGAAAAAGCAAUUGAUAACUAUAGAGGAGUUGGUAUCACAAUCUCUGUUAUUUUUAGGAUAUGAGCAUACUUUUGAAUUGUCUGCUAGUGCUAUGAUAGAUUGUUAUUUGCAUCCAUUCUGCUUCAUAUGUUUCAAUGGGCAUGAUAUGCUGGCACCUUUCAGUGCUGCUGGUCUUUGGUGCACAGCCUUAGUGUUGAGGUUACUUUCACUGCAGAGCUUAGCCUAUAACUAUGAAGUUGACUUCAUCUGA